UUUUUCUCUCUUCAUAUUCACAUCCUCUCGCAAGCUAACAAACCCAUCCACAUCCUUACAUUACCCUCUCCAAGACUUUGAAUCCUCUCCCACCCCUACUGUUUCUUCUCCCCUUAAGUCCUCUCUAUAGAUGCCUAUCUUCCCAACCAAAUUAACAUCUCUUCCCUCCUCUAGCAUGACAGGUUAAUCGAUUGCGUUGGAGGUUGGGUUUGGAGUAAGUUGGCAGGAUGCCUUUGGACGUGUGCAUGAUAUCCUAGCUCUCCUCGAUCCCCAAAACUUCUCUUUUAUAAUUAUUGUUAUUUUUUCUUUCUCGCAUGGUUGCUCCUCCAAUGCGAAUCUGCAUGGAUUCUCCUGACUGGCUUAAGGGCAUCGUUCAUGAGGACAGCGGAAUGGGUUCCUCCUCUCCCUCUGGGGAACUGAUCUCAUGCUCCAGGCCGCCGGUGAUGGAGCGAAGGCUGAGGCCCCAGCAUGAGCAGGCCCUCAAGUGCCCCAGGUGCGACUCGACCCACACCAAGUUCUGCUACUACAACAACUACAGCCUCUCCCAGCCAAGGUACUUCUGCAAGACCUGCAGGAGGUAUUGGACCAAGGGAGGGUCCCUUCGGAAUGUGCCCGUCGGCGGUGGCUGCCGGAAGAACAAGCGGUCGGUGGCUAAGAAGCCAUCAUCCGAACAACCACCUCACCCUGUCCCAUCCUUUCAAGGUGGGACGGAUCUCCACCUCUCCUUCUCCGGGGUGCAAUUCCCUCACCUCGACUCGUUGACCGACACACCACGCAACCUUAACUUCAUGGAAUGCAAGUAUAAUCCGAUGCUUGGAUUGAGCUCUCCAGGUGAACUUGAUCUCAUGGAUACCAAGUUCGGAGCCAUGUUGGGGAGCUCCAGGGGCCAUAUCUUCAUGGGUGAGGCUGGAGUGGGCCUCGGAGAGACGAGUCAUGGAUUCAGUACAGUAGGAGGGUUCCAUGGCGUGAGCCCGCUUGGAUUCUCUGCUGAGGGGAACCACGGGGCAUUCGUGGAGGCUUGCCAGAGGCUGGCGCUCCCAUUUGAAGCACAGGAGGAGACCAAUGCAGCGGAGGUGAAACCAGAAAAUAGGAUUCUAUCACUGGAGUGGCAGGAUCAGUGCUGUGCUGAUGCGGGACGGGAAUCAGGAGGGUACGCCGACAACCUUGGAUUGUGGGCUGGGAUGAUCAACGUGCAUGGACCGUCAACAACCAUCUGAAGUAGAGUCAUCCUAAUUCCCAGCUACCAUCAAAAUACUGAUAUCUAUAUAACCUAGUAGUGGAGAUUAAGGAUUUUUCCUUGUGUUUAUUUGAAUGUUUGUACUGCUUUUCCCUCCGAGUGGUUUCCAUUUCCAUGAUGCAUGGCCAUAGGGGGAAUGGCUGCCUUUUGAUCUUUCUUCCUUUUCUUUCCUUUUUUUUGGAAGAGGUCUUGGUGGGGCUGAGAUGUUUGAACACAAACCAUAGCUGUUAGCUUUUGUUGCUCUAUUAGCGUUUCUUGUGUUUUACUUUGUAGAAGAAUAACUUGUCUUAGUUGCGUAAUAUUGUGGUAAUACUUUUCUAAGGUUAUACAAAGCAUAAGUCUCGUUGAAGCUUGACUUUGGUGA